GUUCCACUAUGCCCACUACUUGCUAGCAAGUUUAACGACGCCUGAUUGGAGAGGAUCUAAAAAACUAGGCAUGUGAACAGCUUUAACGGUGUAGCACUCGGUCUGAUGUAUCCCAAGUCUCCGCACGAAUGCAAACCGAGCGCUUCUAUCAUGCCAAGACUCUAUCUCGUCACCAUCCCCCCUAAGACGGUUACGACUUCUUUACACAACCACUUCUAAAUCAAAGUGUAAAUCGACCUUUUACUUCCUUAAUAUCUUUCUUUUCCUUUUCCUUCUUUCUUCCUUGCUCUUUUAGUACAAUUCAAAUAAACGUCAUCAUGGUUCUUGCAUCUCAUCCUAAUCCAGAAGCGCCGGUGCUGUCGCACUUCAGUCUCGCGGGCAAGACCGCCAUAAUCACUGGCGGGUGUCGAGGUAUUGGACUUGAAGUCGCGCGGGGACUGUGUGAAGCCGGCGCGAAGGUGGCGAUAACGUACUCGAGUACGCCGCCAGAGGAAGCCAACGAGAUCGCCGCGAAGAUAUCAUCUGCCAAUGACGGCCGCCUAGUGAAAGCGUACAAGUGCAACGUGCGCUCCGUUGCAGAUAUAGAGGCCACCGUAGACACGGUCAUCAAGGAGCUAGGUGAUGGUCGCCUGGACAUCAUGGUGGCGAACGCCGGCAUAUCUAAAAACAUGCCGGCGAUAGACUAUCCCGAAGACAAGUUCCGAGAGAUGUUCGACAUAAACGUCAACGGCGCAUUCUGGGCCGCGCAGGCCGCGGCGCAUGUGUUUGAGAAGCAGUCGAAGGCUGAUGGGGCGCCGUUUCGAGGUUCGAUCAUAUUUACCGCGUCAGUGUCGGCAACGCUUGUCAACAUUCCUCAAAAGCAGGCGGCCUAUAACUCGAGUAAAGCCGCGCUUGUGCAUCUCAGCAAGUCGUUGGCUGUGGAGUGGGUUGACUUUGCGAGAGUUAACAGUAUUUCACCGGGUUUCAUCGACACGGAAAUGCUUGAUGUUCACCCCCAAGAGUGGAGAAGUGUGUGGAACGAGAUGAUUCCUGGACGUAGAUUCUGCAAACCAGCCGAAUUAAAAGGGAUAUACGUUUUCGUAGCUAGCGACGCAAGUAGCUACAUGACUGGAGCGGACUUGAUUAUUGAUGGAGGAUAUACUUUACCAUAAAGUGGCUGAAGUCUAUCAUGUUAAGAGAGUGUAUAGGAGUAUACGUUGGUGAGGAUUAAUAUUUUAUGACUCAGAAUCUUAACGGGUUAUACGUGCCAUCCUAAAUUCUUUCCGGCUUUCUCUCCUAAUCAGACUACUUUUUUAGUCGAAGGCUCGUAGAAUGAUGAUCCGAUAGGUACACCACAUGAUAUACAUUUCGUAGUGAAAUCAUGUUUUCGAACUUUUGAAACCUAUGAACCAUAGCUCCUUUGACUAGAAACAAUUACAAGAUAAUUACAGUGAA